CAUACCUUGUUACGUCUGGGGCAGUGACAUGCAGUGUUGCAGUGCGUCAAUGAUGAUAUUUAUUUUGACAUCUUUUUCCCAGCAGGAGAGCGUUAGCGAGAGCUCGAAACGAGGCAGAACUGAGCACCUGCGAUCUGUCUGAUGGAGCCUUCUCAUUCAGAUAUGCCACGCCCUGGAGGAGAGAAGUCCUACGUGUGUGAUGUGUGUGGAUACGCCAGCUCCAAGUUACGUUAUCUCAAGAAACAUAUGCGCUCUCACACAGCAGAGAAGCCAUAUGCAUGUGAUAGAUGUGAAUAUAAGUGUUCUACGUCUGAUAUGCUUAAGACACACAUGUACACUCACACAGGUGGAAAGCCAUAUAAGCCGUAUGCAUGUGAGAGAUGUGAAUAUAAGUGUUCUACGUCUGAUAGGCUUAAGACACACAUGUACACUCACAUGGGUGAAAAGCCAUAUGCGUGCGAUAGUUGUGAAUACAGGUGUAGGACCUCCACUCAUCUCAAGACACACAUCCGCAGUCACACGGGAGAGAAGCCGUAUGCGUGUGAUAUAUGUGAACACAGAUAUACUACCCUCGGUUAUCUCAAGAUACA